UCCCUUCUUUCUCCCCCAGCUGUGACCAAGCCCAUCUCCUUUGGCACCACCCAGGAGAGGAAAAUGUUCCCCUACGGCUUCGCCCCGGACAGGCUGGGCAUCGAGGUGCUGGGGGUGAGGGGCGACCCCUCCCUGGGGCCAGGCUCCUACCUGGGGCCAGAGAGCCGCGCCCUGCAAUCCCCGCUGAGCUCCCGGCCCGAGAGCAGCCGGGGGUACGCGAUGGGAGCCAGGACGGCCCCGCGCUUCCAGCCCAGAGCUCAGCCGCUGAGCCCCGGCCCCGCCGCCUACGGGCCCUUCCCGGGGCGGCCCCGCCCGGCCCCGCCCGGCCCCGGCCCGGCCCCGUUCGGCUCCAGCAGCCCCCGCUUCCCGCGGCGCCUCCUGGACCGGGACCGGAACCCCGGACACUUCAAUCGAUCACCGAUAACCAUCAAUAAAUCACCGAUAACAAUCAAUAACUCACCAAUAAGGAUCAAUAACGAUCAAUAUCGAUUAACCAGCGAUCCCUCCCCGCCCAGGCCGGGCACCUACGACCCUCGGGAGGCUCAGGGCAGGCAGGUGCGGUGGCCCGGCUGCUUCGGGGCUCCGGACUGGGCGCGCCUGCCCCGGCCCCUGCCCCGCAUGCUGCGGCUGCAGGUGCAGAAGGUGAGCGGGGCCGGGCUCGGGCAGCCACAAUUCCUGAAGGGAAUCCCCAAUUCCUGAAGGAAAUCCCCCAAUUCCUGAAGGGAAUCCCCAAUUCCUGAAGGGAAUCCACAAUUCCUGAAGGGAAUCCCCAAAUUCCUGAAGGGAAUCCCCAAAUUCCUGAAGGGAAUCCCCAAUUCCUGAAGGGAAUCCACAAUUCCUGAAGGAAAUCCCCAAAUUCCUGAAGGAAAUCCCCAAUUCCUGAAGGGAAUCCACAAUUCCUGAAGGGAAAUCCCCAAU